GGCGAUAUGUCAGAAUCUACAGAAGAUCUCAAACACGAUGGUAAUCGUUUCUUCCAACAAGGACGAUAUCAGGAAGCAAUUGAUGCCUAUAGUAAAGCGAUUAUUAGAAAUCCUCAUGUCUCUACGUAUUUUACUAACCGGGCACUGUGUCAUAUGAAUGUAUGUUGCAUCUUUUACUUAUGCUUCAUUAGUAUAGUUUCUCACUCACACCUGUUUCAGCUGAAAGCAUGGAACAAAGCUGCUGAGGAUUGUUCCAAAGCUGCAUUCUUGGACAGGAAUAAUGUUAAGGCCUAUUACUUCGGUGGACGUGCAGCUAUUCAGUUAGGCAACUAUAACGAGGCUAUACGGCUCAUCACGAAGGCUAAGGAAUUGGCCAGCAGUCAGAAAGUAAGCUUAUUCGAAAACUUGCCACUGAUGAAUUUUGGAGAUGAAAUUCACGCUCAAAUGCGUCUUGCACGCAGGGAGAAAUUUCGGGUGGAGGAGGAGAAGCGUAUCGACGAUCGACGUCGGAAACGGGAAAUACCAGAUUUUCUUUGUGGAAAGAUCUCAUGCUCCCUUCUCCAAGAUCCAGUGAUCACUCCGUCAGGUAUAACCUACGAUCGCGCUGACAUCAAGCAGCACCUUCACCGAGUUGGUCAUUUUGAUCCUGUGACACGUGCUCCUCUCACCGAGGCCGACCUUAUUCCAAACCUCGCUAUGAAGGAAGUUUUGGAACAUUUUUUGAUCGAGAAUCCUUGGGCUAAAUAUGAAGACCUCUUGGCAAAGCUAGCUUAUGAUAAUUCAGCUGGUGUCACCGCUUUCCCAGCUAACAUGUCUGAGGCCAAAAAUCUUAACCUUCUCAACCAGUUGCUCUGUCCUUAUGAGUAUGUCUUCGGUUCAGCUUCCUAUGAGAAUCUCAUGGAUUGGAUGUACGGAAACGAAUCGCUAUACAUUCGUCUCCUCUUCGGAGAAGCUUAA